AUGCAUGGGAGAGCUGUCGCUAUUACGCCAAAGUGGCCCGCAAGCACAAAAUGGAUUGAUUGGGAGCAUUUUUGCCAAAUAUAUCACACAAAAGAACAUUUUGAUUCAUCUUCACCCAUAAAUAGAGCGAAUGCGGAGGUGUUAAGUGUUCCGCAAUAUGGUUAUAAUCCAACACCCACCACAAGUAGUCGGACGUUUAGCGGAAGCCAAAAUGACGAGGCAUGGAAUCGAUUCAACAACAUUUUAAAGAAGCAAGAAGAUUUGGUAGCAGCAAAGAACAACUCACCAUAUGCACAAGUCCUUGCUAGUUUUCACUGGUUGUUGAAUAAGCUUCUACGAUCAGUUGGUGACGAUAUGUGUAUGGAAUUUUACAGAUAAUGAACUUAAAUAAAAAAAUUUAAACAAA